GAAGUUUCACACGAGCCGUUCGCGUGCAAUCCCAGAUAUAAAUACAGGCGGCCAGAGCUGAUCUUUGCACAGUGGCGAUUCUGCAUUCACAUCAUUGAUAAUAACACAACCAAAGCAAUAUAUAUAGAGAGAAAUAAAAUAAAAGUGCCCCGGCUGCCUGGCAAAUAAACUCGCAGGUUACAAGACGCGGAAAGAAGACAACACAUUUUUUUAAAGCUACAGAUCGAAAGGAAUCGCUUUAAUACAAAUCUGCUACACUCUUUAUAAGAAAAUGCCAGCAGAUAUAAUGGAGAAAUCGUCUUCUUCCCCUGUGGCUGCUACCCCAGCUAGUUUAAACGCUACACCAGAUAAGCCAAAAACUGCUUCUGAAAAUCGGAAGUCAUCCAAACCGAUUAUGGAGAAGAGGCGCCGGGCUAGAAUAAAUGAAAGUUUAAGUCAACUUAAAACACUGAUCCUGGAUGCUCUGAAGAAAGAUAGUUCGAGACAUUCAAAGUUAGAAAAAGCUGACAUCCUGGAAAUGACAGUGAAACAUCUCCGAAAUCUGCAGCGCGUCCAGAUGACUGCUGCUUUGAGUACAGACCCUACAGUUCUGGGCAAAUACCGAGCCGGCUUCAGCGAGUGUAUGAACGAAGUGACUCGAUUUUUGUCCACCUGCGAAGGGGUCAACACAGAAGUCCGGACCAGACUCCUCAGUCAUUUGGCAAACUGCAUGUCUCAGAUCAACGCCAUGAAUUACACCCAACCGCCCCCCAGCCCAGCUGUGAGCGGCGGCUCCCACGCUGCUUUUGGACAGCCCUUGCACGUCCAGCUCCCGGGAUCAGGGGGCAGUGGGCUGCCCCUGAACGGAGUCAACAUGCCUUGCAAACUGGCUGCUGCCGAGGUAAUGCCCGCAGCAGCCGUUGCCGCGGCCACGAAAGUCUAUGGCGGGUUCCAGCUUGUGCCAGCAUCAGACGGCCAGUUUGCAUUCCUCAUUCCUAACACGGCCUUUGGACCCAAUGGACAGCUAACGACAGGACCGAUCAUCCCUUUGUAUGCCAAUACCAACGUGAGUGCACUGCCCUCCGCCAUCUCCCCGGCCAGCAGGUCCCCCAUACAACAGUCUGGGACUACCCCAGCAGCCGGCUUCCCGCUUCCACUCUCGGCUGCCACCACUGCUGUCAGUGUGGGCGCACCAACAGAUUCCUCAGAUUCCGUCUGGAGACCCUGGUAACUGAGCCACUUCACGUAAAACAAGUGACUGGAAACUUUAAAAAAAAACAGGACUUUCUUUUUAAAGCCCAUUCGGUGUAUAGGAUUGUAUAGCAAUGUCAAUAUUAUGCACUAUAUUUGUAUAUAUUUAGAAUGUUCAUAUCGGAUUGCAUUUGUCUUAUCAAGAUGUCCAUUUUUCUAUGAUGUGAUGACAUGCCAAAGAUAAACUGAAUGCUCUUCAAAGUUCCUUCCUUUUUGGAAGAUUUAUAUUUGAAAUAAAAGGAAAACUAACAUUUA